AUAUUGCUGUUGUUGGUGGUGGUAUUGUAGGUGCAGCAUCUGCUUUGGAAAUCAAGAAGAGGCAUCCAGGUCUUCAAGUACUGAUCCUGGAGAAGGAGUCUGAACUAGGUUGGCAAGCUGAUUGUAGCUGUUAACCAGAGUGAGGUGGCAAGUCUGGAGGAUUUGUUCAUCCGAGGACAGCAAAAUGGUGUGCCUGACCUGAAAAUGGUGGAUGCUGAUGGCAUGCGAGAAAUUGAACCAUUUUGCAAGGGCGUGCGGGCCAUCUGGUCGCCACACACGGGAAUCGUGGACUGGGGCUUAGUGACACGGGAGUAUGGCAGCGACUUCCAGAGGCAUGGUGGCCAUGUGCGGCUCAAUGCAGAGGUUACCGGCUUCAGGGAGGCCGAGGCCGGCGCUGACCACCCGCUGCUGGUCGAGUGCAAGGGACAGAGCCCGGUGCGCGCGCGGUUCGUGCUGACCUGCGGCGGCCUGCACGCCGACCGACUGGCUGCGCUCUCCGGCUGCCCGGCCGAGCCGCGUGUCGUACCCUUCCGGGGAGAGUACCUGCUGCUGCGGCCCGAGAAGGCGCAUCUCGUGCGUGGCAAUAUCUACCCGGUGCCGAACCCGCGCUUCCCGUUCCUGGGUGUGCACUUCACGCCUCGCAUGGACGGCGCCAUCUGGCUCGGCCCCAACGCCGUGCUGGCUGCCAAGCGCGAGGGCUACCGGUGGGCUGACGUAUCGUUCCGGGACCUUGCCGAGUCUCUGCGGUACCGGGGAUUCCGCAAGAUCGCACUUAGGAACCUGGGCUAUGGCACAGGAGAGAUCAUGCGCUCUAUUUUCAUCCGGCUCCAGCUAGCCAGGCUCCGGCAGUACGUGCCUGAUAUCACUGCUGCCGACAUCACUAGGGGUCCGGCCGGGGUACGCGCGCAGGCGCUGGACGCCGACGGCAACUUGGUGGACGACUUUGUGUUCGACAGCGGCGAGACGGGUGUGUGGCGCCGCCUGCUGCACGUGCGCAACGCGCCCUCGCCGGCGGCCACCUCCUCCCUGGCCAUCGCCGAGCUGAUCGACGACCGCGCGCAGCAGCAGUUCCAGUAG